AUGAAGAUUAAAGGUGGUGGACUAAAAACAUGGGUGAAAACUCGUUGGGGAUCUUUAUAUUUGACUACUGAUUCGAUGCUUCAUGGAUGUCCUGUAUUUGAUUGGGCAAAAGUUAGUAAUUUGAUAUCUGAUGAAGACUUUUUCACUACAUGUCAGUUGGUGCGUUCAGUAUGGCAGACUAUUAAGGAAGUUAUUUAUAUGUUAGAAGCUAAGGAUGCAACAUUAGCCGAUUGUUUUAUCUAUUUAAUCAAGUUAAUCAUAGAAUUUUUGCAUCCUCUUUAUAUUUUGGCAUAUUAUAUUCAUCCGCAAUAUAGAGGAAAGGGCUUAAAAGUUAAUGGAUUUCACAAAGCAGCUCUUACUUCUCUUGAGCUUUGGCAAAAUCUUGAACAUACUCGAUCAGAAGCUGAAUUGGUGCAUAGAAUCUUUUCAAUUAAUCCUACACAAGCGAAUUGUGAAAGAAAUUUUUCAACAUUAAAAUGGAUGGGGGAACGACAAACAAGCUUGGGUCUAAAUAAGCUAGAAGGAAUGGCUAAAAUUAGAUCAUAUUAUAUGACUAAUAUUCAAUAUGAGCUAAGCUUUUUUGGUAAAGAGUUAACAGAGGCUGAUCUUCAGGAUGCGUGUAAUGUGACAUCAAUCAGUAAUAUUAUGAAUUAUGAGGAGGAUCAAAUAAGAGUUAGUGAGAAGAGUUUAUUAGAUAACGUAAUAUUGAAUUAUCCUACAACCUUAUUAAUUGAGGAGAUUAUUGACUUGACAGCUGAAGAAAAUUUGGAAUCUUCCAUAAAAAUAGUUCAAGUUAUUUCUUCUGCUGAUUUGGAUUAUGAUCCGCAUGAUAUACUAAAUAGUUUUUUAGAACAUGAAAAUCAAAACAAUAGAUAA